AUGGCAUUGAAAAUCUUCUCAAAUGCAGAUUCAUCUACGCCUUGGAAUAUUAGGAACAAAGCAUUUUUGUCUCUUUUUCUGACCUCCUUCAGCUCAUUCUUCUGUGUGGCGGUGAGAGUUACUUCUGCUGCAGACCUCCGCCCUAGCCUUCUGGUGGGUGGAGACAAGAUGGAAGACCAAUUUGAAGAAUUGGCGCAUAAUCCUGACAUCAUUAUUGCGACCCCUGGUCGGCUUAUGCAUCAUCUCGUGGAGGUCGACGGGAUGUCUCUUCGCACUGUAGAAUACAUAGUUUUUGAUGAAGCAGACGCUUUGUUUGGCAUGGGUUUUGCUCAGCAAUUGCAUACAAUUCUCUCCCAGCUGAGUGAAAACCGCCAAACUUUAUUAUUCAGCGCUACUUUGCCCAGAGCCCUUGCUGAAUUUGCAAAGUCCGGACUCCGUGAUUAUAAGCACAUAAUGCUUGACCAGAAAAUUAGCCCCGACCUUUCUCUAUUAUUCCUCACUGUGCGCCCCGAAGAGAAAGUUGCGGCUUUGCUAUAUUUAGUUAGGGAGAAGAUUGGUCUUGACCAGCAAACACUUAUAUUUGUUUCUACAAAUUACCGUAUACAGUUUCUGAACAUUCUUUUUAGAGAAGAGGGCGUUGAGUCUUCUAUCUCAUACAGCACUAUGGACGCUUGUGCUCGGAAAAACAAUUUGUCAAAGUUCAAAGCGAGGAAGACUAUGUUGCUUAUCGCAUCUGAUAAUGUUGAACGAGGCAUUGAUAUUCCGUCACUUGAUAAUGUGGUGCACUUUGACUUUCCUUAUUCACCUAAGAAGUUUUUCCACAAAAUGGGUCGUGUAGCUCGUGCUGGACGGAAAGGUACGGCCUAUUCAUUUGUGACGCCGGCGGAUAUGCCUUAUCUAUUAGAUUUUCACAUGUUUUUCUCAAAGCCUCUUAGACCUGCGCCAACAGAGGAAGAGGUUCUCCAUGACAUGGAAGGAAUAUAUUCUAGAAUUGAUCAGGCACUUGCAAAUGGCGAGACAAUAUAUGGGCGUUUUCCCCAGAAAUUUAUAGAUCUUGUUUCUGACAGAGUUCGGGAGGUCAUUAGCGGAUGUGCAGACCUGAUGGCAUUACAGAAGCCUUGUGCUAAUGGAUUUCGUUUACAUACAAAGAUUAAAUCAAAGCCUUCCAGAGAAUCCAUUAGGAGAGCAAAUGAUUUGCCUCUUGAAGGAGUGCACCCAAUGUUUAAAGCUCUACAGGGAUCCAGUGAACUGACGGCACUUGCAUUUUUUGAACGUCUGAAAGCAUUUAGACCAAAGCAGACCAUUUUAGAGGCUGAAGGGGAAGCUGUUAAAUCAAAGCAUUCACAAGGUUCUAAUCAGCGGCUUGAUGUGAUGAGGAAGAAAAGACUUGUUCAUGACGAGGUGAUCGAUCUGAUCAUUCAGAAGAGAUCUAUUGAUCAAUCGAAGGUAGAUAUUCUUACUCAGUUGAAGAUGGUCAAUUCUCAAGGUUCUAAUCAGCGGCUUGAUGUGAUGAGGAAGAAAAGACUUGUUCAUGACGAGGUGAUCGAUCUGAUCAUUCAGAAGAGAUCUAUUGAUCAAUCGAAGAGAGGAAAUAAAGGAAGCACUGCAUCGAAGGUUUGGGAGGAAAAAGAAAUCUGUGGCCUAAAGAGAAAAUCACAGAGUUACAAGGAUGAGGAGUACUAUAUAAGUUCCAUCCCUAAAAGUCAACAUUACGAGGCAGGCUUAUCAGUAAAGGGCAAUGAUGGUUUUCAAUCAAGCAGUUUAGAUGCUGCAGUUCUUGACCUAGUUGCUGACGACAUUUCUGGUUUGCAAAAGCAAAAAUCAUCAUAUCAUUGGGAUAAGAGAAGUAAGAAGUAUAUUAAAUUGAAUAAUGGAGAGCAUGUUACUGCUACAGGAAAGAUCAAGACGGAGAGCGGUCGAAAAGUAAAGGCAAGUAAAACAGGCAUAUACAAGAAGUGGAAGGAAAGGUCACAUAAACAGAUUUCUCUUAAUGGAAAAGCUACAGAGGACAUUUCUGAAGGGGGAACUGUUCAUACAGCGAGCUCUAGGAUAUAUGGAAAUAAAUGGCAGGUCAAGCGGGGAAAGGAUCGCCGAUCAGUGCCUAAUUCCAAUGCACCUUUCGAGAUCAGAGAUCCUGAGCAAGUAAGAAAAGACAGGCAGCAGAAGGCUAGCAGAAUGGCUCGCAUGAAGAGCAAGUCUCCAGAGGGUAGUAAGUUCUCAAAAAAGGGGAAGAGGAUGAGGAAAUAGAUAAGUGCUUAAAGAUUUUUUCACUGGACGUAACACACGGUGUCAUUUAUCCAAAUGUUAAAUAAACAGAUUGAAGUUUUGCGUUGAUUUUUGUUGAUUUCUUUUCAUUUUACAUUUAUAAAAUUAAAGAGUCUAGGAUAUACAAUGCUA